AUCACAGAGGCUGAGAGUCGUCCGCGGGCACUCCUCCGCGGCUCCACUCGGGCUCUCCUCUGCUCGGGCACCCGCAGCUCCGGUUUGACGCCGCCAUGCCCGGCGCUCCGCGCGCUCCCUGCGCCCCUAAGGCGGCGCGCCGCUCCCGAUGGGCGCUCGUUGCGGCUCUCAGCGUGCUGCUGCUGCAGACGCUCAUCGUGUGGAACUUCAGCACCCUGGACCCGGGGGGUGACGGCGGCGGGGACGGCUCGGACGGCAGCGAGCGGGCGCGCGGAGCGGGGGAGCGCACCAGAAGCGAGGGGUUGCAGGGAGCCCACGGGCAGCGCGCGCUCGGGAGAGGAGGCGCGCGCUUCCCGCGUCAGCCGGUCGGGUUCCGUUCCCACAGACCAAAGGAGAGGGCGCGGGUGGACAGCAACAACGAGAACUCGGUGCCCAAGGACUUCGAGAGCUUGGAUCACAGCAACCUGGAAGGCCGCUCCCAGCCUCGGAGACAAACCCCCGGAAAGCAGGCGGAGCAAAGGCUGGGCGGGGUCCGCAACCGCUCGCGCGCAGCCCAGCUGUCGCUCCACCAGGGUCCCACCACCGCUUCCUUGGAGGUGCGCUACGAGCAGCCACCCAAGUGCGAGAUCAGCGGCAAGGAAGCCAUCUCGGCGCUGUCCCGCGCCAGGAGCCGGCUCUGCCGCCAGCAGAUCGCUGAGGUCUACUGCCGCCACAAGGAGCGGCAGCUCAUGCCCGAGCAGGUGACCCGCUACUGCCCCCUGGAAGGGAAGGCCAAUGUGAACGCACAGUGGGACGAGGACACCGAAGCCGUCUCCACGCCACCGGUCCGGAUCGUCUUCGUGCUGGCGGUCCACGGUCGGGCAUCACGCCAACUGCGGCGCCUCUUCAAGUCCAUCUACCACACAGACCACUACUACUACAUCCAUGUGGAUCAGCGCUCGGACUACCUGCACAGACAGGUGGUGGAGCUCGCAAACCAGUACCCCAACGUGCAGGUGACCCCCUGGCGUAUGGCCACCAUCUGGGGCGGGGCCAGUUUGCUCUCCAUGUACCUUCAGAGCAUGAAGGACCUUCUGGCUAUGCAGGACUGGACUUGGGACUUUUUCAUCAACCUCAGUGCUGCUGACUACCCAAUCAGGACCAACGACCAGCUGGUGGCGUUCCUGUCUAAAUACCGAGACAUGAACUUCAUCAAGUCUCAUGGGAGGGAUAACGCCCGGUUCAUCCGUAAGCAGGGCUUGGAUCGACUCUUCUACGAGUGCGACACCCACAUGUGGCGCCUGGGCGACCGCAAAAUCCCGGAGGGCAUCUCCGUGGACGGUGGUUCCGACUGGUUCCUGCUCAACCGCGUAUUCGUGGAGUAUGUCGUCAACUCCCAGGAUGACCUGGUCAGCAGCAUGAAGCGCUUCUACGCCUACACCCUGCUGCCCGCUGAGUCUUUCUUCCACACGGUGCUGGAGAACAGCGCACACUGCGAGACCAUGGUGGACAAUAACCUACGCAUCACCAACUGGAACCGCAAGCUGGGCUGCAAGUGCCAGUACAAGCACAUCGUGGACUGGUGCGGCUGCUCGCCCAACGACUUCAAGCCUGCUGACUUUCACCGCUUCCAGCAAACCACCAGGCCCACGUUUUUUGCGCGCAAGUUUGAGGCCGUCGUGAACCAGGAGAUCAUCAACCAGCUGGACGCUUUCCUCUUCGGACCCUUUCCCGCGGGGACCCCGGGCCUCGAGGCCUACUGGGAGAACGUGUUUGACGAACCCGAUGGAGCGCGCAGUCUAUCUGAUGCCCUGCUGACCCACUACCACGCCUUCGUACGUAUGGGCCUGGCUCACGCUGUUAGGAAGAACAGCUGCAGGUACCUACCUGCGGGUCACCCGGUGGCGGUACACCUCUACUUCCUGUCCGAACAGUUCCAGGGCUACCUGGUGAGGCAUCACGUCACCAACCUGGCCACCGGGAAGCAGGAGACCCUGGAGACCUGGGUCGCUCCGAAGAAGUCCUUCCGCUUCGCUGAGCCGCCCAACAGCUUUACCCGACUGCAGUUCGUCGAGGUUGGAACGGACUGGGAUGCCAAGGAGCGCAUCUUCCGAAACUUCGGCAACCUGAUGGGCCCCACAGAUGAGCCGGUGUGCAUGCAGCAGUGGAGCAAAGGGGCCAACGCAACAGCGACCAUGGUCUGGAUCGACCCCACCAAUGUGAUCGCGGCCACCUACGACGUGCCGGUUGACGCCGGCGCUGAGUUCACACACUACCGACCACCCCUGAACGUGCCACUGCGGCCGGGCAUGUGGACCGUGCGGGUUCUCCACCACUGGAGCGCAGUCGCGGAGACGCGUUUCCUCAUCACGCCCCUGGCCUACAGCGACCACCAGCCCAUCCGCCAAGCUGACGCCCUGCGAUUCCACAGCGGCCCUCCCAAGAACAGCUACAUGGAGCAGAGCUUCCAUGGGUUGAACCCCAUCCUCAAUAUCCCCGUGCAUCUGGGCCAGGUGGAGGCGGCGGAACGCAACGCGGCCCUCACGGGGCCCCUGCUCGACCGCUGGGUGGACAGCCUGGUGGCCGAGGCCUGGUCGCCGGUGGAAGUCUGCUCCGAGUCCGGGGCCUGUCCCGGCAUGCGGGCCUGCGAGAAGACCACCUGGAGCUCUCUCAGCCCUGACCCCAAGUCCCAGCUGGGGCCGCCCACAGCUGACGGCCGUAUCAGGUAGCGCCCCCUGCUGGCACGAAGGACUGUGUUUUUACACCGAUAUUUAUUUGUUGCUAUUCCAUGUUUCAGGUUGCUAGGAGAACAUAAUUAGAGCAUUUCCU